AUGCCUUCUGCUGCACCCCUGGCCAGCACUUCCAACGGCAACCUCUCUGCCAACGACAAUAUCCGUCGCUUCGCAGCUCCCAGCAGACCCUUCACCCCCUUGGAACACAGCCUCUUCCACAACAAGACACGAUGCUUUGUAUAUGGCAUGCAGCCCCGUGCUGUGCAGGGAAUGCUUGACUUUGACUUCAUCUGCAAGCGCACCACCCCCUCCGUAGCUGGCAUUAUCUACACUUUUGGCGGCCAAUUCGUUAGUAAGAUGUACUGGGGAACGAGCGAGACGUUACUCCCCGUCUAUCAAGCCGUCGGGAAGGCCAUUGCCAAACAUCCAGACGUCGAUACCGUUGUCAACUUUGCCUCGUCCCGAAGUGUAUACAGCUCCACCAUGGAAUUGAUGCAGUACCCCCAGAUCAAGUCUAUUGCCAUCAUCGCCGAGGGUGUCCCCGAAAGACGCGCCCGAGAAAUCAUGGUCGCCGCGAAGGAAAAAGGAAUUACGAUCAUUGGCCCUGCGACUGUUGGAGGCAUCAAACCCGGUGCGUUCAAGAUUGGCAACACUGGCGGCAUGAUGGACAACAUUGUCGCUUCUAAACUCUACCGCAAGGGCUCCGUCGGCUAUGUGUCCAAAUCUGGAGGCAUGUCCAACGAGCUCAACAACAUCAUCUCCCAAACCACGGAUGGUGUCUACGAGGGUGUCGCCAUUGGAGGUGACAGAUAUCCAGGAACCACAUUCAUCGAUCAUCUCCUGCGAUACCAGGCAGACCCAGAAUGCAAAAUACUCGUGCUUCUUGGUGAAGUCGGUGGUGUGGAAGAGUACCGUGUCAUCGAGGCCGUGCGGGACGGCACCAUCACCAAGCCAGUCGUCGCAUGGGCCAUUGGGACCUGCGCAAGUUUGUUCAAGACAGAAGUUCAAUUCGGCCAUGCUGGUGCCUCCGCCAACUCUGAACUCGAAACCGCAGUCAUGAAGAACAAGUGCAUGCGUGAAGCCGGUAUCCACGUCCCAGAGACCUUCGAAGAGCUUCCCCAAACGCUUGCGGAAGUUUACAAGAAACUCGUCAAGCAGGGUACCAUUGUACCCCAAUCAGAGCCUGUCCCUCCAAAAAUCCCCAUCGACUACGCAUGGGCUCAGGAGCUUGGUCUCAUCCGUAAACCCGCUGCCUUCAUCUCCACGAUCUCCGACGACCGUGGCCAGGAGUUGCUUUACGCUGGCAUGCCCAUCUCAGACGUGUUCCGAGAAGACAUCGGCAUCGGUGGAGUCAUGUCGCUCCUUUGGUUCCGUCGCCGCCUCCCCAACUACGCCAGCAAGUUUUUGGAGAUGGUCCUCAUGCUGACAGCCGACCACGGCCCUGCCGUGUCUGGCGCUAUGAACACGAUCAUCACGACAAGAGCAGGCAAGGAUCUUAUUAGCGCUUUGGUGUCUGGCCUACUGACUAUCGGCUCGCGGUUCGGUGGUGCGCUUGACGGUGCCGCGGAGGAGUUCACAAAGGCAUUUGACAAGGGUCUCAGUCCUCGUGACUUUGUCGAUACCAUGCGCAAGGAGAAUAAACUAAUCCCCGGAAUCGGCCACAAAGUAAAAUCCCGCGCUAACCCAGACCUCCGCGUCGAACUCGUAAAAGAAUUCGUCCACAAAAACUUUCCCAGCCACAAACUCCUCGACUACGCCAUCGCCGUCGAGACCGUCACGACGUCCAAAAAGGACAAUCUAAUUCUCAAUGUCGAUGGAUGCGUCGCCGUCUGCUUCGUCGACCUGCUGCGGAAUUGCGGCGCAUUCUCACCAGAGGAGGCUGAAGAUUACCUGUCGAUGGGCGUAUUGAACGGCUUGUUUGUGUUGGGUAGGAGCAUUGGGUUAAUUGCGCAUUUCCUGGAUCAGAAGCGGUUGCGCACGGGCCUGUACAGGCAUCCGUGGGAUGAUAUUACCUAUUUGUUGCCUUCUUUUCAGAAGGGGGCGCCGGGAGCCGAGGGACGGGUUGAGGUUAGUUUGUAA